CCUCAGACAGGGCGGCCCGUUACCAAGAGCUGCACCGCGCAGGGUCUGACAACGACGACAGCAGCAAGCAUUGCCAUAAGGAAUACUGCCAGCGUGAUAACAACACAGACUCACUAGAAUACGCUCCGGCUCGACAUGUAGGACCCCCGCCCAUUUGGUGUAAAGGAUUUCAAUGGCUUGCUUUCAGGACGUUGCUGCAGUCAGAAUCGCAGCUUUUCUCCAAGGCCCGGCACAUUUUUAGGAGACGCGGGGAUGGCAGUGAAUGUGUACGCCACAUCUGUGUCCAUUGACAACCUCAGCCGACAUGACAUGCUGGCAUGGGUCAACGAUUCUUUGCAUCUCACCUACACCAAGAUCGAACAGCUCUGUUCAGGGGCAGCAUAUUGCCAGUUCAUGGACAUGUUGUUUCCUGGGUGCAUUCUUCUGAAAAAGGUCAAAUUUCAAGCCAAACUGGAGCAUGAAUUUAUACACAACUUCAAAGUUCUUCAAGCAGCUUUUAAAAGGAUGAGUGUUGACAAAAUAAUUCCUGUAGAAAAGCUUGUAAAAGGGAAAUUCCAGGACAACUUUGAAUUUGUGCAGUGGUUCAAGAAGUUCUUCGAUGCCAACUAUGAUGGGAAGGAGUACGACCCUUUACUAGCCAGACAAGGGCAGGACGUGGCCCCUCCCCCUAAUCCAGGACCACAGCGGACAUCCCCAACAGUUCCCAAAAACAUGCCAACACCGCAGAGGGUCCAACACAACACUCCUGCCAUGAGGAAGAAUCCUUCUUUGUCUAGAAAUGGGGGCAGUGAUGCUGAGAUCAUGGAGCUAAAUCAGCAGUUGAUGGAGUUGAAGUUGACUGUAGAUGGUCUAGAGAAGGAGAGAGACUUCUACUUCAGUAAACUAAGGGAUAUCGAGCUGAUCUGUCAGGAGCACGAAAGUGAAAACAAUCCCAUCCUCAGCAAGAUAAUUGACAUUCUCUACGCAACAGAGGAAGGCUUUGCACCUCCAGAUGAUGAAGACCUUGAUGAACAAGCUCACUUGGACCAGGAUGAAUACUGAAUCCAUCAUCUCCUUUCUCAUCCAACAUCCCCAUCUCUCCUCACUUUUUUUUUCUUUUUUUUGGCCUCAUUUAUUUUCUACUCUGCACGCUUUCUAUAAAUACCCACCCUUAUCCCUGCUCUCUGUCUGUCUUUUCCUUUCUUUCUCAUGUGUAUCUGUUAGUAUCCUAACCCCCCUUCCAACCUCAGACCAUCUUUACACAACUGCUCUGUAUCAUCAUUCACUACUCCAUUUCACCUCCACUUACACAGUAACAAUAACAGUAAUGUAUGGCAUAUUCUGGUCAUAUCAGCAUGAGUAAUGCAGAAAAUUAAACCGAACCUAGAAUGAAAAGGUUGUUAUGGCUAACAGUAAGUUUAGGUCUGUAAAUAUUACCAACAUUUUGAUUUCUAAAAGAUUAAUGUCUUUGCUUAUUCUGGAGUUAUUUAUUUGCCUUUGUGCGCUGUUUAUACUACUAUUAGAGCACAGAACAACAAUGCUCCAAUGUGCCAUCAGGACACUCCCUGAGCUACUAAAACUGUAACAAAAGUGACUUUUUAAUAGCUAUUUCUUAUUUAUUUAACUUAUAUUUCCUUUAGAGAAACUUUCCGUAGCAAAACUGAUGCAAACCUACUGUACAUGAACUGAGAUCAGAUGAUGUGUGUUAUGGUAUGUGCUUCAGUCGACAUCAAGCAUUUGUUGUUGUGGGUUCAAAGCAUGUAGAUAAGCUGAAGGAAAUUCUAUGGCCUGAGGACUCGAGGUUAAUGAUCAGAGCUUUGCAAUUAUUCCUUAUUGAUCAGCAACAUAUCUGAGCAUGAGAAUGUUACACAUUGACUGUGAAUGAGUGAUAUUUUGUAAAUGUAUUUUGUGUGAAGAAUUUUGUCUGUUGUCGCACGAUCCUGGUUUGUCGCCACUGCAUCUUUGAGGCUGACAUACAGCAGCCUUUAAAUUUAAAUUUAACGGAUGGUAAAAUUGCCACCUGCAGACUGACAUCAUGGUUACGUAGCAGUUGUAAUGUUUCACUACUAGGUCUGACACAAUCAGUACAGACACCUUUACACAUGACAGCUAUUGUCAUGUUUUACUGCUAAAUAUAUUGUGUUUAUACCUAUAAUUUUCUGUGAAAGGUUCCAAAUUUAUGAGUUGUUGUCUGGAAGAAAGUCACUUAUUUAAAGGUAUGUGACCAGUUGAUUAGUCAUCAAUAGUAUCAAAAUAAACAAUGAAGUCUCUUGUCCUUUCCUAACAAUUUUUUACUUUGCAAACUGGCUGUUGUCUGCUCUCUGGAACAUACAAUCAUUGACCAUGUCUACAGAACACUCAUCUUAUGAGUUUUGAAUAAAUAAACAGUUGUGAAACAAA